UGUCUGUUGUCAGUUGAAUUUUGAUUUUUCUAGCUCAAGCAGUGUUUGGUCGUAUAAGGUUUUAUUUAAUUAAAUUUAAGAGAAAUGUCUAACGAGAGUACUUUAGAUUUAGAAUACGUUACCGAAAGUUUUCAAAAAAGCCUGAAAGAAAAUGACGAUGUGAUAAUAGACGCCUAUAUAGACGGUUACAAUGAGCUUGUAAAGUUCUUAAAUCUUAUCGGAACAGUGUUCUCAUUCGUGAGUAGCGAUGUGAAGAGUAAAAUCAAAAUAAUGGAGAAACACAGGGCGGGGGAAGAUGCACUUUAUUACGAAUCGUUCAAGAAAAUGAUGAAGUACGAAAAGGAAACCAGCUUGCACGACAAGAAUGGAUUUGUGUCAGGCUCAAGGACGAUGCUGAGAUUGCACCGAGGCUUAGAUUUCAUACGGCUGUUCCUCAAGAGAUUGAGUGAGUCAGAGGAAGGUGUGAACACUUGCACGACAUGUCAGGGUUCUUACAAUGAGACCCUCGCAGAGUUCCAUCCCUGGUACAUCAGGAAAGCUGCCACUCUGGCCAUGCAUGCUCUACCUUCCAGACCAGACCUACUUCAUAAGAUUUUUGGCAACGAAGAAAAACUAACAGAAGCACUCACAAUUCUGCCACAGACGCUAAAAUCAUGUGACGAAGUCUACCAACGUGUGGAAAAUCUAUAUACAGACUUCGAUUUCCAUGGUUUGCCAUAGAAUAAGUAGUAAUUAUUUAUAAUAAUAUCAUUAUUGCCAAAUGAAAGAAAAAAUUGAUGGUUUUAGGGCCGGCGCAAACGCGCGGAGUCAAGUCUUUUUGAUAACUAUCUAAACUCAGCUUUAUUACUUUUGACCAUACCAUUGAAAUUGGUAUAACGAAAACAUGGAGGGCGCGUAUGACUUUGCUGUCGUUAAGGCAAAGUAAAUAAAGCUUAGUUUAAGUUGUCAAGAAAGACGCAGCUCGGCUCUGCCUAUGUGACUUACGCCUUAGGGUCUUAUCACAUCCGUUCGAUCGAUUUCGUCGAUCGACGUGGAUAGGUUGAUAUGGUAGCUUUGACAUGAUCGAUGAAUACCGUUCGAUAUAACAACCGACCCAUCAUCAGUCGAUCGAAACCCGAGCCAUUCUAUCAUGGAUUGUUGAUGAAUCGAUAAAAUAUAUAGAACAAUCGAGCAGAUCAUUUUGAUGUAAUCACCAUGAGAUUGCACCAAAACCAUUAAAUAUGUGAAUGUUUGACGCAUCGUCGUAUGUGACGAAUUUCAUAACCUGUUCUGUUUUAAAAAUUUACAUGAAAACAUGUUUUCAACAGAAUUUUCAGUGUGUUUUUAUGUAAAUGUUUGGUCAGUGCCAACUCAAGGUAAGAACUGGCGACCGAUAUCGUCUGAUCUCAAUCUGUUGUAGAUUGAUGGCGUCGAUCGGGUGGGUGUGGUAACACUUGUGGUGACCAAUCAACAUUGAGCUAUACUGCCCUGUGCUGUGCUCAGCUAAGCUCUUUCUAGUGCAACGUUUUUUCUACAAACAUUGAACUGCGUGACGUACUGUGCGACUGCAACAGCACGACAUGCAUGCGCACAAGUGCAAGCGAGAUAGACGGAAGACGGACCUAGCACAUAUCGUGUGAUCCUUGCUACGACGUUUUAAACACAUCACUACUGUGUACAUAGCGCUGCGCAGCAGGGGUUGUUUGUGUAUUUGUUUAUUCAUUAUAAUCUAAGAAGAGCGAUAGAGCACAUCGCAGCAUAGCUCAUUGUUGGUCAGGCACCCUUAAUGUAUCAUUAUGCUUCAAAUUGCUCAUUUAAAGUAAGACUAGUGAAUUUUAUCGGAAGAGGGUUUAAAAAGAAAAAAAAAAAAGAAAAAAAAAAUUUUCACCAGUGUAAACGGAUCAUUUCGUUUUGAUAGCUUAUUGAAUCCGUUUUACCAGUGCUUUAGUUCACAUCUCUCGUUACCUUCCUUCCUUUCUUCGCACUUGUAUAGUGCAUACAUUUUGGGAACUCGCUCGCCAUUUAACGGCUCUGUGUGUCACAACUGUCAAGUCAGUUAGUGAGUUCUCAAAAUGUAUGUUUUUUAACUAUCAAAAUAGGAAAUGUUUAGCAAGUCUGCUUUUGACACAGCGAAAAAACCACUAAAAUUUACA